GCAUGGAUGGCCUGGUGAAAAAUUGUAGGGGGGAUUCCCGCUUCACGGAGGGGGUCGGCGGCCUUUGAAGUUACAUUCAGCUGUAAAAAUUUAGGAGCGAGUGUUUUGAAGUCAAGAAAUGAAGCGUUUCGCUCCUAAUAAGGCGCUUUGAAUUGCGUGCACCCUAUGUGUGUGCAUAUGUAAUUUCCAUUCGUUGAUGGCUGAUCGAUUUAAAUAAAUUUUUUUCUAAGUCGGAAUUGGCUUUCUACACUUGCAAAUUCUAAAUUGCAGAAAAGCUUUGUGCAUUCUUUUCGAGGAAAAAAAAUCCGCUUUUUUUUUUUAAUGUGGGAAAACCGAAUACAUAAUUUAAAAAAAGGCUUCGUGCAUAACUUUUGAACACUUUAUUCAGGAGUAGUGGAUUGAGUUUUAUUGGCUUUUGUGUUCCCGGAAACCGAAGACUUAGUCUGAUUUGAACUACUUUGAAAUUUUCACGUUAAGACUCCAUAAAUGGGAACUGCCCCCUUCUUGAUUACCUAUGUAGACUCAAUAAGUACUUAUUGAAUGAUUCUGAUUUCUUGUAUCCAGUAGAUAUUCUCUUUUAUUAUUCACAGGUGUCCAACUCCUUGGUUGGUCUCAUGAGCAAUUGGACACCAGGUUCUUCUGUUCUCCACAAUCUCUUGAAGUGAUUUAUACUCUGAUAUACUGCAGGUUCUAUACUACGGAUGGGAACUAUCAAGGUUUAUAAUGUCAAAAACUUCUCUUAGACGAAAAGUAGCUUCCACAAAGAUAACCAACUGGGUAGAGCCUUCAUUUGAUGAUUUUGUUGGGAACACAGACAUCUCAUCUGCUCUUACAACUGCAUCUCUGGGAGUAAAUAAUUUUCAUCAGAGAAGAAAAGAUUUUUCAUCAACGUUAGAAAAUAACAAGCUUCUACCUAAAAAAAAAGGAAAAUCAUCUUCCUCAAAACAGAGUAGUGUUGAAGCAAAUUUAAAUGAAAAUCUAACUGAAAAUGAACCAUGGGUAGAUAAAUACAAACCAGAAACUCAGAAUGAACUUGCUGUUCAUAAGAAGAAAAUUGAAGAACUUGAAACCUGGUUAAAAGCACAUGUUUUUGAGAAGGAACCAAAAUUGGGUGGAUCUAUCCUAAUCAUUACAGGUCCUCCUGGAUGUGGAAAAACAGCAACUCUACAAAUACUAGUUAAGGAGCUCGGUAUUACACUGCAAGAGUGGAUUAACCCUGUUUUUCUAGACUCUAGAAGACAUGAUAUGAAGGAUGAGUUUAAUCAUGAAUCAAGUUUCCAUGUGGUUCCUAAUCAGUCUCAGGUGACUAUUUUUCAAGAGUUUCUGUUGAGAGCAAAUAAAUAUAACAAACUACAGAUGGUUGGUGAUUGUCUGCACACUGAUAAGAAGAUGAUUUUGGUUGAGGAUAUGCCUAAUCAGUUUUAUAGAGAUCCAAGUACUUUACAUGAAAUACUAAGGAGAUUUGUGCAGCUAGGGCGAUGUCCUCUAAUAUUUAUAAUCUCUGAUAGUCUCAGUGGAGAUAGUAAUCAGAGAUUAUUGUUCCCCAAAGAAAUUCAAGAAGAGUGUUCCAUAUCAAACAUUAGUUUCAAUCCUGUGGCACCAACAAUUAUGAUGAAAGUUCUUAGUAGAAUAGCUGUAUUAGAAGCUAAUAUGGGUGGAGGAAAAAUUGUUGUCCCUGAUAAAUCAUCUUUAGAGUUGCUUUGUAAAGGAUGUUCUGGUGAUAUAAGAAGUGCAAUAAAUAGUCUUCAGUUUUCUUCUUUUAAAGAAGUCUAUUGGAAUUGCCUUGAAAAAAGAGCACAGUUGAUCUCCACAUAUUCUUAUUGUAAUUCAACAGAGACCAGUUUUUGGUCAAGGAAAAAAGGGAUGUCUUCAUUAAAAUCAGAUGCUUUAUUAAAAGCAAAGCAGAAAAAGAGACCUGAUACUAUUUUGGAAAACCAAGAAAUCCAGGCUAUUGGUGGCAAAGAUGCGUCUCUCUUUCUCUUCAGAGCUUUGGGAAAGAUAUUAUAUUGUAAAAGAACAUCUCCAAUGGAAUUAGAAUUUCCCCGAUUACCUUCUCAUUUGUCAGAGUAUGAACGGGACAUAUUACUUGUUGAACCUGAGGAGGUUGUAGAAAAGUCACACAUGCCUGGUGAGCUAUUUAAUUUAUACCUUCAUCAAAACUAUGUAGAUUUCUUCACUGAAAUAGAAGAUCUUGAGAGAGCCAGUGAAUACAUGAGUGUUGCCGACAUUUUCCGUGGAGACUGGAAUUCAAGGACUAUACUUGGGGAGUACAGUGCAUCUGUAGCUACAAGAGGUGUGAUGCAUUCGAACAAAUCCAGAGGUUUUGCUUAUUGCCCUGGAGGAGGAGCAAGUUUUCGACCCUUGCACAAACCUCAGUGGUUUCUGAUAAAUAGAAAGUAUCGAGAAAAUUGCCUGGCAGCAAAGUCACUUUUUUCCAGUUUCUGCUUACCCCCUUUGUGCCUUCAAACACAGCUGUUGCCAUAUCUGGCUAUGCUAACUAAUCCAAUGAGAAAUCAAGCUCAGAUUGCUUUUAUCCAGGAUGUUGGAAGAUUUCCCCUAAGGAGGUUUUUUGGAAGAUUGAAAAUGGAAGCUCUAACUGAUAAGGAUUCUGGAAUGAUAGACUCUGCCAGUGAUGAUGAGGCUAAUUUUCAUGGAGUACCACCUACAAAGACACUCAUGCACAUGGACAAAAUCAAAACUUCAGAGACUGAUAUAGAAGCAUCAUUAUUUCUUCCUUCAAGUCAAACUAGUGGAACAGAUCUGCCUGCCAGCCAGCCACAGCCUGCUACAGCUCAAGGAUUUAUGGAGGAAGAAAAGAUCACAAUAGAGGAAUAUGACAGUGAUGAGAUGUAGCCAAAUAAUCUACCUGAUGGUCAAAUGCUCUUUGACAUAUUCAUUUUAGUUUUAUUCACUGAUAAAUGAAGUUACUUGAAUAAAGGUAAUAUGUUUUCAGUACUGUUGAAGUGAUUAUAUUGUCAAAAGUCCACUUGUAUGGUGUAUAGUCUCUACUUUCAUAGUGUAUAUAGUAUGUACACUUGUAUUUGCUAUACAUGUCCAUUUAUGGGACCAACUGUACCUUUAAAAGGAAAAAAUAUAAAUUCAAUUAAAUGUUUAGCUUAAAUCUGAACUUUUUUUAGUUUAAAGGAGUAUUGAUAAACAAUCAAAAGACAUUAAGUAUUUUUAUGGAAAAGUUAAUGAAGUUUUUGAAACAAAGCAGUAAAUAGUAAGACCUUUUAAGUUAUUUUAAAAAUUUUCCACUAGUAUUUAUUUAGUUCUAUAGGUGAUGUACAGUGGAGAGGUCAACAUUUGUGAGCAAGUUCGUGUGAUGGUUAUGCUAAAUAUAAAAAAAUGUGAAUUCAUAAUUUGGGAAUGUUGUACAUAUAAAUUGUAAAACUAAAGUAGUUCACCUGUAAACUAUUCAAGAUGUAAAUAAACGUAGAGUCUUGUACGAUUUUCUUUUUCUUUUACCUAUUUUUAUAAAUGUUUAAAACGUGAAAGACUAUGUUGUACGAUUAUUUUUCGAUAAAUUAUGCAAAUAUCUACUUAAAUGUAUCGAAUAUUUUAAACAAAAACAUUAAAUGCCUUUUAUUUCAUCAAUAUUUACCAUUUCCCUGG